AUGAACCCAUACUCAAGGUCCAGAUAUGAACAAGAAGGCAUCGACAGCAAGAUAGUUAUCAUGGGCAACUCUGGUGUCGGAAAAACCAGUCUCCUACAACGAUAUACCCAAAAUAAAUUUGAUCCUAAGAACACGACUUCUACGAGCGGAGCAUUUUUUGUAACGAAGAAGGUCUAUGUCAAUGGUGUGAAGGUGCGGCUGCAGCUGUGGGAUACGGCUGGCCAGGAGAGAUUUCGUAGCAUGGCCCCCAUGUACUAUCGUGGAGCGAAUGCUGCGCUUGUACUGUACGAUAUCACCAAUGCUUCAACUUUCGAGGAUAUCAAAGGGUGGUUAGCAGAACUCAAGAAGAACUGUCCACCCGACUUAAUUAUCUACAUUGUUGGAUCUAAGGCGGACUUGCAUUGUCAGAGACAGGUUACACCUGAUUUCGCUCGGUUGUCAAUACACAACUGGUUUCCUCCCCCUCGACCGCCUACACCGCCACCACCUCCUCCCCAACCAUCUACACUCUCGUAUAUUCGACCCCGUUUCACCUCAUUUCCCAGUAUGCGAUCCCCAACACUUCCGUCACCCCCUACCCACUCAUCAUCCGAAACGAUACCUUACUUGGACUUGCCAUCCGAUCGUCCUUCUGCCUUGAAACGCAGUAAUACCGCAGCUCCCGCUCGCCCAAGAAGAACUGGUGCAUCGUCUUUAACGCGAUCUAACACAACAACGGGGGCCAGACCACAAAUGUCUCGUUUCGGUGCACCCUUUAGCAUUCAGACUGGAGGCUACAGCGAACUCUUAGAUACAAGCAGCAACAGUAUCAAUGAGGAAGACGAGGGCCAAGAUGACGAGGAACAGCAGUGGGGACUUAGUAAGGGUAUGGAGCUAUUUGAGGUUUCUGCCAAGGACGACAUCGGUAUCCAGAAUCUUUUCGACCACGUGAUUUACGCUAUAAUCCAGAAGAAGGAUGUAAUUGAGAAGGAGAACGAGCUGAAGAAGCGGGAUAGCGUCUUUCUGACAACCGUUGCUAAACCUACAUGGACAGCCCAGGCUGAAGAAGAGGAGGCUCGCGAAAAAGCAGAAAGGUCGGCGGGAGGGUGGGGUUGUUGCUAG